AGUGAACACCUACCUCUUCAUGAUGCAAGCCCAAGGUAUCAUGAUUCGUGAAAAUAUGAGAACGAUAGGAGCACAGGUUUAUGAGCAGGUGGUCCGCAGUGCCUAUGCCAAGAGGAACAGCACUGGAAAUUACUCUGAUUAUCCUCUUGAUUUGAAUCACACUGAAAACUUCCUGCAAACAACAACUUUCCUUCCUGAAGAUUUUACUUACUUUCCAAAUCAUACUUGCCCUGAGAGGCUCCCUUCUAUGAAGGGCCCAACUGAUGUAAAUAUGAGUGAAAUCAGUAUGGAUGAGAUCCACCAGUUCUUCUCCCAAGACCCUACUAUCAAAUUAGGAGGCCAUUGGAAGCCUAAUGACUGCUUGCCUCGCUGGAAAGUGGCUAUUCUUAUUCCAUUCCGCAAUCGUUUUGAACAUCUUCCAGUUCUCUUUAGACAUCUUAUUCCAAUGCUGCAACGUCAACGUUUACAAUUUGCAUUUUAUGUUAUUGAGCAAGCUGGUAAUCAGCCCUUUAAUCGUGCUAUGCUUUUCAAUGUUGGCUUUCGGGAAGCUAUGAAGGACUUGGACUGGGAUUGUUUGAUCUUUCAUGAUGUGGACCAUAUACCUGAGAAUGACCGUAACUAUUAUGGAUGUGGACAGAUGCCAAGACAUUUUGCUGCAAAGCUGGAUAAGUACAUGUAUAUCCUUCCUUACACUGAAUUUUUUGGAGGAGUGAGUGGCCUGACAGUGGAACAAUUCAAAAAAAUCAACGGCUUUGCAAAUGGAUUCUGGGGCUGGGGUGGAGAGGAUGACGACCUUUGGAACAGGGUUCACUAUGCAGGCUACUUGGUUACUCGGCCAGAAGGAGAUACAGGGAAAUACAAGUCAAUUCCCCAUCAUCACAGAGGGGAAGUGCAGUUCUUAGGAAGGUAUGCACUGCUGAGGAAGUCCAAAGAGAGGCAAGAAUUGGAUGGCCUCAACAAUUUGAACUAUUUUCCAAAUAUUACAUAUGAUAAUUUGUAUAAAAACAUAACUGUCAGUUUAACACCAGAGCUGGCUCUGGUGAGUGAAUACUAAGAGAAUAUGAGAAGAGAACAGCAAGAGAUUGUUGUAUAGAUGUCUCCUGGACAAGAAUAAUCUUGUGUCUAAUGAAGGAUCACAGUAUUUUGAAGAAUAAUUUUCAAAAGCACGCACACAGAUCAUCAGACUAUAGACAUAUUCACACUGUCAGUGAGUUCGGACUUGACUUGCUUUUUGAUUUCUUUUUAAAAAGAACUAUGGUGUGACCUGCUGCUUUAGUCCCAGCAUUCCAUUUCCUUAAGCAAUCUCCAGGAACAAAUAGAGAUUGGAUGUGCUUUUCUGCUCAUAAAACCAGUUUGGCUAAAAAGAAAACUGUUGGUUUCUUGACUUAGGGUGCUGGAAGCUACCCUGUAAGCUAUGGCCAUUAUUGGAGAUGAACUGCUACCUAACAAUGACACCAUUCUUCUGCAUUUGUGUUUGCAUUGGUUUUCUAAUUGACUUGCUUGAAGAAAAAAGAUAUAUAUAUCUAUAUAUACACACAAUCACUUCUUAAAGAAGUAUAGAUGUAAAUAAGCUGUAUAAAUUGCUUUCCUUUAUUUUUUAAAAAAAAUACAGUUCAAAACAGAAGCUGAAGGUUUACAACUUAACAUAACUCAAGUAAGCCCUCAACUGUGCAAGCACUUCAGCACAUCAGGAUGACACUCAUGCAAGUAAUUCUCUUCAGGGCUAUUUGUUAGUGGGAUUGAGACUUUGUCAGUUCAUUGGUUAUUUUGAAAGUCAGAGCAAUGUUUAUUGGAGGAGGAGGAAUCUGGCUUUGGGAGAGUGUAUUCUAUUCAUAAAAGUGCAAAGACCAAUCACAUACAUUUUUGGAGAUGCACAGUCUUUCUAAUGUCUUUUUGUGAUCUACUGCAUUUUGUCCCCAUAUUCCGUAAUGACAGCAAAAUAUCAGAGAAAAUAUCUCCCAGUUUCAUCUUUGUAAGGGACAAGAAGUUUCCAGAAAGUUACUGAAGUUUCCACUUUACGCUGUUACCCUCAUAUUUUUUGUUUGGUUUGUUUGCAAAUCAUUCAGUCUGUGUUGGAAAAGUCUGUAGUGAUUCCUGUAACUUUAAUUUUGGGGGGAGGGAUUAUGAAUAGUAUUUUGAUAUAUUUAUUGUGUAAAUGAAACUGAACUAAUAUAGACUAAGACUGUAGGGUUGAAGUUCUUGGGUAUGAUUAUUAACUAGAGAAAACAUUGCACAAAUACUGGGAUAAAUAUAUCCAGACUCCAACUCUUAAUUAAAAGAAUGAAGGGCAUUGAGAUUAGUUUUAAAAAAAUGUGAACAUCAGACAGAAGUGGUUGGUCCAUAAUCUCUUAAGUUUUUGUUUUAAGCUGUCAUAAUGGGUUUGUGCCUUUGUUUUGUUUUGCUUUUCUGGUUUAAAACCAGUCCAUCUGUUUAUAUAGCAUGUACAGACUUUUUUAAACUGGGGUGUAUUACUCUGGUAGAACAAAUUGUUCUUUAAUAUAUAUUUAUAGACAAAUUUGUGAGUACUUAAUGUGAAAAGUACUUUAAUCUUUUUGAUUGCAUUGUUGCCUUCAGUUGCUUUAACUUGUAUAAGUUUUUUUUUUUUUUUUAAGGUUUUGGGUUUGGUGGAUAUAUGAACCCCAUAUACAAAUGUUGUGGGUGUGAUUAACCAGGCCUAUUUUCUUGAAUCUCAAGAGUUAUGAAGGGGUGAGUGUGUGUGUGAGCACAUGUAUGCAUCUUACCAGCUGAUAUGAAAGGGCAGGAAGUCUGUUCUUGAGUUUGCUGAUAAGUACGCUUCGAAAUGUUUCAUAAGAGAACCUUUAUGGUUGCUGCAGAGGUAAUAACUUAGCUUUUUUUUCUCUUUUAAUGGCACAUGAAGCAAUAAAGACUUCUGCAUUUUGAUAAUUUUCAGUUGUGAAUAAUUCAUAUAUAUUUUUCUUUUUUUCUUUUUUUUAUCUGGAAGGCUAGUAGAAAUCAACAUUUUAUUUAAUGGUGCUUCAGUUGAGAAUGUGUUUCAAUCUGUCUUAAUUCACCAUGACAUUUCCAAACAGCCAUUAGGCAGUGCAGCCCCCCCCCGCACACACACACUUUAAAAAUAGAUUGUCCACCCUUCUACUAUACCCUCUGAAUUACCUCUGCUAAGAAAUGCACUUGUUGAAGAUUGGUGUGAAAGAGUCAGUUUCACUACUUAGUCAAUAGUUCUGGAUUGAUUUUUUCCCCAAAUUAUUUUCUUGCCCUUUCUUUAAAAGCGUGGAAUAUCUUUUAAAUGUGCACUGUUACUCUUAUCAGAUAAGUCAGUUAUUGUAUGGUAAAUGUAAUUGUUGGAAACAUAACUGUCAAACGCAUGUGUUGUUACGGUGUUUUUAAAAAUCAUUUAAAAUGUGUACAUUAAUAGCUGAAAUUUCAACAGAGUGCUCCCCAUUUCCAUCAGCACUGUCAGCUAAUAUUGCUAAGGGACAGAACAUUAUGAAUAUAAAAAUGUAUGUUUUAUAUGAGCCAUGUGGGUCUUUAUUUGCUAAAACAUUGAUUUAGAACCUCUUUUUUUUUUUUGUAAAAACUCUUUUGUAAUGAGUUUACCAGCUGAGCAACCACUGUGCAUUGCCAAACAUCUACUGUCAAAGAUAGAAUUGAAUCAUAUAAUUUCCUUCUUUCUAUUGUUUUGAGUUUGCUGUGUUUUCUGUGAGACUCCAAGGGUAUAUUUUUGCACUGAAAUCUAGUGUUAAAACCCACAAUUUUCAGCAAAGCAAUCCGUUGUAUCAUUGCAUUUAUUCACCUGUGUGUUUGUACAUUUUUGUAUUUGUUAAUUUAUGAGUGAUUUUUUUCAGUAAAAAGAAUACAUAUUCAAGAACCAAGAAAUGGUAAUGAUGUUGCUUUAUUUAUGAGUGAAUUACUAACAUGCAAUUCACUGUAGUAAAGAGACAGAUUUACAGACAAGUCUUAA